GUCCAGUCUCUGUGUCCUCCAGCCAUGGGUACAGCGGUUUAGGGGGGCGCCGCACACGGACAGACCCAGAGGGGCGCCAUCCAAAGACACCAUCACAUCAACAGGAAGAAAUCGUUGGUUUCAUCUCGAAGGGGAGGCUGUGGGGGUGUGACCAACUGCUUGAGGGGAAAACCUGUCAUCUCGGGGAAAAGGAAUAUCUCUUUUAUUCCAUAUUUCAUUAAUCAUCCCUCUUCUCACAUUUUCCCCAUGGUAUUGCUGCACUCAUUUGGAUUAUAAAGACUCUUUUUGGGACAAUUUCAGCAACCAAGUGCAAGCUUUUGGAUUAUCCUCUGAGGUCGACUCUGUCCUUUACCAUCCCAGGGAUCUACCUGCUUAUCCCCUUCACCUGGAACAAAUUAGAUGAGCUCAACCUGCUAAUAACUCACCAAACAACAAGCGCAAGGCCUGCACUGACCACUGACCAUUCCAGCAGCACAAUUUGUGCAACACUGAAACCAACUUCUUGUGAGCUUGUUUGUCUCUUUGCAUGCAGCUGGCCACCUCUGGAUAGACUCCAUUUUUGACCAGAAUUGACUCCCUGCUGUUCUGUCCAGCUCCCCGUGUCUUACUUUUCCUCUUUUGUCUUUGUGCUGUGCAUAGCAGUGAGCCAUGGCUCUGUUGAAGAUGAAGUUCACCCAGCAGAGGCGGGUGCGUCUGGCCCAGGGCCUGUGGCUGCUGUCCUGGCUGGCAGUCAUGUGUGGGGCCUUCAUCUUCUGUCUGGGGGUUUACCUUAAGACAGAGCUGCUUCGUAGGGACGAGGUGAUGGACAACACAGAGAUCCAUGUGGUGCCCAACAUCCUGAUGAUGGUGGGUCUGGCCUCCAUCGGCACCAACUGGGUUGCCAGCCGUGUUUGCCAGGACUCCUUGGACGCGAGCCGCUUCCCCCGUUGGAAGGUUCUCCUGCUGGCCUGGUUUGCUGUAGCCGCGCUGCUCUGUUGUCUGCUUAUCGCUGUGGUGGUGCUCAGCUACGCCCUGCAGGGACGCCUGGAGGAGUCCCUGAAGGUGGGCCUGAGGAAUGGUAUUCGCUUCUACAAGGACACAGAUGUACCUGGACGAUGUUUUCAGAAGGAGACCAUUGAUCAUCUGCAGAUGGAAUUCCGCUGUUGUGGCAACAACAACUUCAAGGACUGGUUUGAGGUGCAGUGGGUCAGCAACAGAUAUCUGGACUUCACCUCAAAGGACGUCAAAGAUCGUAUUCGGAGUAACGUGGACGGGCGUUUCCUGUUGGAUGGCGUUCCUUUCAGCUGCUGUAACCCGGCCUCCCCUCGCCCCUGCCUGCAGUACCACCUGACAGAUAACAGGGCCCACUACAACUAUGAGUACCAAUCAGAGGAACUCAACUUAUACAGCCGUGGCUGCAGGCAGGCUCUGAUCGACUACUACAUGGACUUGAUGAACUCAACUGGCCCCGGUGUGCUGUCAGUUAUCCUAAUACAGAUGUCGGUGCUUCUGAGCCUGCGGUACCUGCAGACGGCCGUGGAAGGAGCCAUGGCUCUGGAGAACCCGGAGGGUGAAAGCGAGGGUUAUCUUUUGGAGAAGGGCGUGAAGCAAACCUUCGAGGAUUGCAAAGCCAAGGUCCUCGACAUGCUAAAGUUUGCGCAGGUUGAUGCUGCCGACGCCGAAGUGUCCCCCGGGGCUGCAGACGCUGAGAAAACAGUUGAUAACACCACGGAGAAGGCGGCCUCCCCUACUCCUGCCAGCUAGAGGGGAAACAUGAUUUAAACAUAAGAUGAGGAGGAAGGGAUGCAGGAGGAGUAGAUGUAUCUGAGGUGUUUUUCAUUGUGUGAGUUGGUUGGUGGCAGGUGGGACACCUGUUGGGUUUUUGACACGUUAGGCUUGAGUUAUAUUCCACCAGUGCAGCAGCUACAGCUCCCUCGCACAUGGCCAAAACUGGGCAACACACUGGGAAUCUUAUCAGGCCCUGCACAGACACCAAAACAAACAUCUCCUCUGUGCAGGGUCGUGUGAAAGUGUAACCAUCAGACAAUCUAUUGUGGAGAUGCAUAGAACUUUUUGUUGUGUCUAGAAGAGAGUACGUUCAGUUUCAACAGGCGUAGCUUAAACAUACACAGUCGAGUUUUGACAUUCUGGCUCAAAUUUGGCAAAGUCCCCAUCACAUGAUGCUAAAGUUCAUCCCAUGUGCACUGUAUUUUUCAUCUCAGAGCUGUAGAAUUUGUACUAAACUGCAAUGAAAUGCUUAGGAACUUGUUAAACUGGCAACGCACAUGAAUUAUAUAUUAAAGGUAGAAGUUUUUAACUGC